UAAAAGCGCCGUAAAUUUUAAGCAAGCGCAAUUCUGCAUGCUUUUAAAUAAAUAUGGACGAGGAUAACCAUUUACAUCGGUUUGGCACACCCUUGGAACCACUUGAGAAAGACGAGGUUCCCGCAAAAAAACCUCUUGCCAUUGAAGACCAAAUCGUUAAAGAUGAAAAUGGUAAACGCCGGUUUCAUGGUGCCUUUACUGGGGGCUUUAGUGCUGGUUUUUGGAAUACUGUUGGCUCACUGGAAGGUUGGACGCCACAGAAUUUCAAGAGUUCACGAGGCGAAAAAGCAAGCAAAGUGGAACAACGACCCGAAGACUUCAUGGACAAUGAAGAUUUGGGCGAAUUCGGAAUAGCCCCCCAGGGCAUACGCACACGAGAUGAAUUUUCCAAGGAGAGCGAGCAAGAGCAGCGAACGGGCCUGCGCAAGCGUAAGCCGAUGCAGCCACAGGUGGCUGGACCCAUUCCUGGUGUGCCUGUCCUGGAACAGCUUUUACGUCCCGUACGUGAUAAGGUUGCUGUGCGUAUAUUAAAGAGCAUGGGUUGGAAGCCAGGACAGGGUGUCGGACCGCGCCAAACGCGCAAAGAAAAACGACAGGCGACGGCGCGUAACAAAAGGGAGCAAUACCUGCUGGACCAUUACGGCGAUGAGGGACUUCCAAGCUCGGCAAAGCAACAGAACAGGGAAGAUGCAGCUGACGAUGAGGAUAGUGAGGACGAGGACGACGAUGAGGAUAUUACCUUUGCGCCUGAUGACUAUGAGCCCAUGUUUUACACCCCCAAAGACAAUCGCUUUGGCAUGAGCUACUCAGGUCUCAGCCGUGCUCCAGUGCUAUCAAAGAGCAGCACCAGUGCAACACCCAUGCAGCACAUUAAUCUGUUUGGCCAGCUGGAGACAGCGACUAAACAGAAGCCGUUUUCCAUACGCGGUCAGGCCUUUGGCGUGGGAGCAUUCGAGGAAGAGGACGAGGAUAUUUAUGCAAAGGACGACAUGACUCGCUAUGACUUCUCCUUGGCGGACAAACAGCCUCAAAAGAAGAAAGCGCAGUAUGUGCAACAGCGUCAUGUGAUCGAUGGCUUCAGUGAGGACAAGAGUAACAUCACCCACAAUAAACCGUUUGUAAUCGAUUUGCCUCGUGACUUUAAGCCCCGCAAUUGGCUCCAGCGGCGCAGUCGUUUUACGCCCUUGGAUGCAGAGCGAGCGCGAAAAAUAGCCGAAACGGACUAUAAGAAGGCAGGCCUAGGUAGGCAUGAUCUAAAUCCGGAGCAGCGUGCUCAACUGCUCGGUGAGUCACAAGUCAAAAAGAAUCCCUUUAAGACGGCCAGCAGUGUGAGCACUCAGGAGCAACAGGAACGCAGCAAAUCUCUGCUUGAACUAAUUAGCGCAAAGAGUAGCAAUUUCACCAAGGGGGGACUCAUUACCACAGCUGGCGAGGAGCUGCCGGCAGCGACUGUGGCGCCAGUCGAGCUCAGCAAAGAGCUAAAAGAAUCGAACACUGCACUCCAGGCGCAGGCUGCCAGCAAGACGAAGAAUCUAGGUAUUUAUCUAAUUGAUUCCGAGAAGCGGGAUUACUUAUAUAAUAAUUUCUUAAUUCCAGCAUCUAGCCAACCCUCGAGCGGUUUCAAGCCCUUUCUUGCAGACGAAGCUAAACAGCAACGCUAUGAAAAGUUUCUGGCAGCAAAUCUUAAGGACGAUAAAGAAAUUACCGAAUUUCUGGCUGAGUUACAGCCAGUUACGCUUUCUCUGUGGGAUCGUGAAAUGGAAAAAAAGGAGUUCAUGCAGGCAUCCAAGAUAUAUCGACCAUUAGCUGGUCUCAUGCUCGACAGAUUUGUUUCAGAGGCCACGGUGCAGGAAGGGAAUGCAAAACAAGAUGUCCAACCAGAAGAAAAGCUUAAAAUUGUUAUGAAACGCACGAAGGUUAUGUGGAAGCCUAGCGCAUUGUUAUGCAAGCGAUACAAUAUCGCGGAACCCUUUGGUGGUGCUCUGCCGGAAGUCGAAAAUGCAUUAAAAGGCAAAGCCAAAAUGUCCAUAUUUGAUUAUUUGGAGACUUCGGUCAAUACCAAAGCGAAUUUCCAAACACCCACAAUCAUACCCAAGCACAUCGAGCUACCCAAGCAGCAGCAGGGACAGCAGCAGCGGGAGCAAUUGACGCUGUCGACUUCGAAGCCAACACCAACAGCUCCUGUCGAAGAAGCAGAAGUUAAACCGCCACUGGAGCCUGCUAAUAGCACAGCUUCCAAGCCCAUAUUUGUGCCAAAGACACCACUUGAACACGCUGUGGAAGCGGCACGGGACAAGCCCAUUUCCGAAAAGACUGAUCUCUUCAAGAGCAUAUUCGAUGACAGCGACGAGGACACAAAUUCCACAGCAGUGGCACAGGGAGAGCCGCAAGAGCUGCAGAGGGAUGCUAAGAUUAAGGAAAUGCAAGCUGCCUUGGGGUUGCCAAGCGCAACAGCCACAUCAGCGGCGGCGGUAAAUUUGUUGCGGAAUAAUUCACCUCCGCGCGGCAUAUUUGCGGCACUGUUCAAACCAGCGGAGGAGCAGAUGGACAAAUCGACAGAGCCAGCGCCACCGAAGUUUGCGCCAAUUGCUGGCAACAAGUUGAAGAUUGCGUAUAAAUCGCGUGAGGAGCGACUGAAAAACGAUCGUGAAUUGGCCAUGGCAGAGGUGCCUCAAGUGGACCUCUACGGGCCAAAGCUGCCUAGCCAGCUGAAACCCACCGAAGUCCAGGCCGAGGCCAGCAUCGAUGCCAAGCUGCAACAGCUCUGGCAGCAACAUGCGCCGAAGAAACGCAAAGCUGAACAGUGGGUGGAACGCACGCUGAGCAGCAGCGAAGAUAGCGACGAGGAUAGCACCGAGUCCAGCAGUGACGACAGCGAUGUGAAGGCUAAGAAAUCAAAGUCUAAGAAGUCCAGCUCCAAAAAAUCCAAGAAGUCGAAACAGAAGGCCAAGAAAAAGUCGAAGAAGAGCGAGAAAUCAAAGCACAAGUCCAAGAAAAAGAAAAGCAAGCAUUAAGAUUAUAAGGGAUUACUAUUAUGGUAUUUGUAUUUGGAUAUAGACUAUUUCCUUAUUUAAGUUGAAAUCAAAUACAUAUAGAUGUGUAUUUUAUAAUAAUGUUGAACGUAGCUCGAAAGGAGCUACUCUACCAUGUUGAAGAAGUACAAUCGAAAUCC